UGGUCAGUAGUGGCUACUAGUGUUCAAGAGUGGAGCUAGGAGUAGGCCACUGAUGGCCAGAGAGGUCCAGACGAUUUCAGGAGUGUCUACUGAUCCUCCCCAGUCCUCACAGUUCAAGAGCUCACGACAAACUGAGCUCUCUGCUGUCGAGGCUGACCUAUUUAUAAAUAAAGGUCGCCAAUGUUAGUCAGUCAGAAGAAUGUUUAAAGAAUUAUUAUCUCAAGCCAUUGAUUAAAUCGUUUUACGACGACUGGUACGCUCCGAAGACCGAGGAAGAGAGGACAACGAUGAUGAACAGCGCGAAACUCUCGAAAUCUUUAUCCGUCUGGUGUACUAUUUUGACUCAGUGCAUGGUGACCGCCUAUAUCAGCAUCCGGACGUUCACGAUUGCCAGAACUGACGUAACCAAGGAGCGCCAGGACCAUUUAGUCAUUUAUCCAGGAUACUAUCCUUUCGAUAUGAGACAGACCUCGUUCAGGAUAAUAGCGAACGUGGCUCAAGUGUUCGCUGCCUACUGCGCAACCAUCCCGUACACCGGCGUAGACAUUUUCAUAGCUAUGCUAGUGUUGCACACCUGCGGACAGUUCCAAAAUCUGAAUAGAAAAUUAGAGAACUUGAUGGACGAGGCGGCCGGAAUAAAAAAAUCUAGCGACAUUCAGGAGGAGCUGACUUGGAUCGUCAAGAGACACGAACAUCUGAACUGGACGGGUAUCGAAAUCGGAGAAUGUUUCAACGUUCUAUUGUUCUUGCAAAUGCUGCUCAGCACCAUUGAAAUAUGUUUCCAGGGAUUCUUAUUUUUCAAUGUGAUACUCAAAGACGAGAACGGUUUAUUAUCGUUUCAAAUGUUAUUUUUCGUGCUUUUCGUAAUGUUUAUUAUAGUGCACAUGUAUGUUUAUUGUUACGUGGGCGAAUUACUUCUUGUUGAAAGCAGUAGUUUGGGCAUCGCUGCUUAUGAAUCCAGAUGGUACAACGUCGCGCCGUCAGACGCAAAGUGCCUUUUAUUCAUCAUAUUAAGAUCCACCCGACCAAUUUAUUUGAAAGCAGGCAAAUUUGGUAUCUUCUCCAUGGAAAUGUUUAGCAGUAUUUUAAAGACUUCCACCGGAUAUUUAUCCGUAUUGUUGGCCGUGAAAGAAUGA